AUGAAGGCUGCUUUCUUUUUGCUUGUGGUUUUUUCCCUUGUCACUAAAUCUGCUGGAUUUGUAGUCGAACGUCCAGAUGGGAUUGGGAUCGAUUUAGAAGUAGAUGACGAAAUAGGAGGAGAAAAUGAAGAUGUCUCAGGCUUCCUCGUCGAUUCAAAUGUGGAUACAUCAGGUAAUUUGGGUUUUUUUUGUUUAUUUAUUUAUUUAUUUAUUUUUGUUUUCAUCAUGACCUACCUCCAGCUCCAGAGAAAACAAAUGUCGUUGUAAUAAAUUAAUUAAUCAAAAUGACAUCUGAUUUAUGUUUACGUUGAACAUCGAACAGUGCGUAAGUAUCACAUAACUUACCCUGAGUUAAAGAAUCUUUUUUUUUCUCCUUUUUUUCUGGCAAAACCGCCGCAAAAACACAGCACCAGAGUUGUAUUAUGAUCGUGGACGACAUAUGUUUUAUUCUAGUCUUUUUUAAGACGGACCUUUGGAGCUUAGUUACCAGGCAGGUGAAAACAUUCUCUAUAUUUUGGCUGAUUAGAUCUCUUUUCUAGAGAUGCAACGUUUACAACUAGCAGGAUCUUCGUCCACGGUUUUUUCAGUUAAUUUAAUCCUUUAUUAUCUACUCACCUAAUUGCCAAUGGUUACUGCGAAAUGACUAGAUCUACUGUAAAUUUGGUUUUUAGAAUGUUCAACCUACAAAAUCCUGAACGAGUCGAGCCGUGCACAAUCAUUUCAGCGGCAUGCAGGCGCUUUUGUCUGCUAUAAUAAAGGAUGGUACAGAUUCCAAGGAGGAGUAGAAACAAAAAUGGCAAAUAGCUGUCCAAAGAGAAACCAUUGUGGCUGGAUGGUCGGUGAGCAUCCUACAGUGGACCAAGGAGUUGUGCGACGUAAAGCAUGUUUUCAUUGGUCCAACAACUGUUGUUCCUUCUCAGCUAAUAUCCGGGUACGAAACUGUGGAUCUUUUUAUGUGUAUGAGUUGCUGUCAAAUCUUAACUAUCAUUGGAAAUUGAAGCUGUACUGUGGAAGUGGUCUGGAAGAUGAGACAGCAGAAAAUUCAGGUAAACACAACUGAACAUACGGUAUAAUCGUAUUCCCUAUGGACAAAAAUAUCGGCAGUGAGGCUAGGCAAAAUUAGGCAACCUCAUUAUAAGCUAUCCUAAACUUUUGAUUCCUUUUGAAUAGUUUCAGAGUCAGUUUUAAAAGUCCCUCCUCUUGUUUUCUACUCCUCAAAUAAUCCCUGAUUAUUUCUUAUUAAUUUUGCUAGAAAAAUAUCACAUUCAGUAAACACUAAUUUCCUCGGCUGUAUUUUGCCUAUGAAUAUAUGAAGUUCAUGGAAAGUGCGCAUGCACGAGUUGUUGACGUAUCAGAAAUCGAAUAAGUGACCCCGAGCGAACGAGUGAGACGUAGUUAGUUUCUGAUGCAAAAAUUAGUAUAAGUGAAUACCGAAGUACAAAGUACGGCGGGAAUGACCGUGAAGCAACAUGGAAAGUGAGGGCGCUGCGAGCACCUAAAGAUGGGAACUUUGGCGCGAAACUCAGGCACCGCUACGGUUUCUAGUUAGACGAACUAUUUUCUCGUGGUAAAAAAAAACACACACACAUACAUUGUUCGUAAUUAGUGAUUCAUCCUUUUGUUUUAUUUUAAAGCCAGCUGUUCUUAGCCAUUUGUGACUAUGGACUUGGCCCACAACAGAAUCGUCGGUUCUUUUGGGGUGCUGACCAUGCAGAGGCUUCUCUUCCUAUUUUUUCUUCAUGAUUUGUUGCAUCAUGAUCAUUAUCAUUGUCAUUUCGUUUAUUGUCAUUUGAUUUAUCAUAACGAUUAUCAUUAUGGUUUUAAGCCAGUGUCAUUGUUUUCUCUUUGAAGGUGAGUCUGGUAGUGGAACGGCAGCGAUCAACUCUGGUGAGGGGAGUUCUCCAGCUUAACAGAGAAGUCACAAUGAUUGUUUUGCUUUCAAGAUCAGAGUAUACUUAAUCUGGUUUUUUUUUAAUGUACCUAAUGUGAGCCUAAUAUAUGGGUUAGGACACUAUAUUUACACUUUUUUGAUGUUGUUAAAGAAGGUGAAUAGGCGAAGUAAUUCCUGAAUACAAUGUUUAACGCUAACAGGUCAUUCUCUUGUAUGAUUAUCCAUUGUUAUUGAAUACUAUUUCGCGAAAAUAUUUAACAACUUCUCUAAGUUUAUUUCAGUAGCAACUAUCCUAAAGUACUCCGUAUAUUCCAAAUUCAUGGAAGAAUGUAAUUUUGUAAACUGAACUAAGGCUGAAAUUAAACUUGAAUAUAAUUAUGGUGAAUAAGUUAUCAUAAAAGUGUGGGUAUACCAGUUCUCUAUAUUUUAAAAACCAUCACAAAUACCUCUUAAAUAAAAAUAAAGUCUACUGAAC